UUCUUCUGUUGGUAAAGUGAGUGCAAGUGGUGGCUUGUCUUUGGCUCCUAAAAACAUUAAAGAUCUUCAGUCUAAUCCAGGAUAUGAAAAUGUUGAUAUUUUCACCUACGAGGAGAUGAAGGUUGCUACUAAGCAGUUCAGGCCAGAUUAUAUUCUUGGUGAAGGAGGUUUCGGAGUGGUCUAUAAAGGAGUUAUAGAUGAGUCUGUCAGGGCUGGUUACAAGUCUACCAAAGUUGCCAUCAAAGAGCUUAAUCCAGAGGGCUUCCAGGGAGACCGAGAGUGGCUGGCUGAAGUCAACUAUUUAGGACUGCUUAGUCACCCGAAUUUGGUCAAGCUCAUUGGCUACUGCUGUGAAGAUGAUCACAGAUUAUUAGUCUAUGAAUACAUGGCAAUGGGGAGCCUUGAGAAACAUCUUUUCCGAAGAGUUGGAUGCACUUUGACAUGGUCGAAAAGAAUGAAGAUUGCUCUUGAUGCAGCCAAGGGUCUUGCAUUUCUACAUGGUGCUGAACGCUCCAUCAUAUAUCGGGAUCUGAAGACUGCAAAUAUAUUGCUAGAUGAGGGUUACAAUGCUAAACUCUCUGACUUUGGACUAGCAAAGGAUGGUCCAAGAGGAGAUCAAACACAUGUCUCAACACGUGUUAUGGGGACUUACGGAUACGCUGCUCCUGAGUACGUAAUGACAGGACACUUGACAUCCAGAAGUGAUGUUUAUGGAUUUGGAGUACUUCUCCUUGAGAUGCUCCUUGGGAAGAGGGCGAUGGACAAAAGCAGACCUUGCAGGGAGCAUAACUUGGUAGAGUGGGCACGACCACUGUUGAAUCACAACAAAAAGCUUUUGAGGAUCAUAGACCCUCGAAUGGAUGGACAGUAUGGCACUAAGGCGUUGAUGAAAGUAGCUGGUUUGGCGUACCAAUGCCUAAGCCAAAACCCGAAAGGAAGGCCCCUCAUGAAUCAUGUUGUAGAAGUUCUUGAGACUCUCAAGGAUGAUGGUGAUGAUGCUCAAGAGGAUGUCAUGACUAACCUCCAUAGUAGGGGCAAGUCUGUAACCUUAUAUGAUGCUUCUAGUGAUUCCCAAGGCACGAGAGAUGGGGAUGGACAGAGGAGGAGAAGACCGGAAAGUGGUCGAAGCAAGAGCGAAGCCUCAGUCGACACUGACAAAUAUGUUUCUGCUCUUUCAGAACCAGAUACUACCAAAAUUUAAGACUCAAGACAAAAAGAAUUCACCAGUGAUUUGAGACUGUAAGAUAAGAAAGUAGCAGAGUUGGCUUAAUGUAUAAAUAAGUUGAGUCUUCGUUUUGGGAUCUGUUUUUUGGGAUUACAAAUAUUAGUGCAAUAUGCAAUUUGAUGUUUCUCUGAAA